AGAAAGACAUCCGUGUAUGAGCUGUCUCUAGACUGCCGGGGUUUGGCUGGACUGUGGAAGAUGGGGCUUCAUACGUCAUGUCCACGAGUUAAAAUGCUUGCACUCAACUUCUAUGGCUCGGAUUAUGACUCGUCAAACUCUAUCACCAGGGCGUGUUCUCCGUUCCGAGAUCUCACCGAACUUCGCAUCGAUUGGCAGAAAACGCUAGAUCCCGCAGAAUUCUGCAGAGCAGUUAAAACAUCGUGUCCUCGGCUCAAUAAGCUGUCCCUUAGCCGCGUUAAGCUGGGCAACGAAGAGGCAACUGAGAUCAUCCAAACCAUGAAGACCCAUCCACAUCUGUCAAUCAUAGAACUGGACUCGUGUUGGACAGACCAGUAUUUGGAUAUCGUGAUUGCUGAGGUGAACAAUGAAGGCAAACUGACUGCCACCGUAAAGCAUGGUCCGGCAAGAUGUGCAUAUACCAUAAGCGUCCCAACAGUCGUAUAAUAACUUCAUACCUUAGCCAAAUGACAUGUCUUCCUCGAAAUAAAUACUUUUGGUUUUGCGAUUGAAAAAUAUGUGCGCCAUAUGUUAGGGAAAAUUAGUUAAGCAAUGAUGAAAGAAGAUUGUAGAAGACAAUAUUAUUUUUAUUCCUUUCCUGGUACAAUAUACCAUGGUGGGGGUAUAAAUGUUGAACCCCA